AUGCGUUCGAGAAGUGAUUCCGGUGUACGUUUGGAUUGUUUGAUGCAUCUUGUCGAGCAAACCAUUCUAAAAUAUCAAAAUCCUAUCACCGGCUUAUUCACCAAUAACAUAGAGGAUUCUCCUGAUCAUGCUUGGGUGCGUGAUAAUUUAUAUGCAACACAUGCAAUAUGGGCAAUGUAUCGAGCAUAUCAAAAAAGUGCUGAUGUAGACGAAGAUCUCGCUAAAGCAAACGAAUUGGGGUUAACUUGCGUGAAAACUAUGCAAUCAUUGCUGGAAUGUAUGAUGCGUCAAUCGAACAAGGUUGAACAGUUCAAGUUAUAUCAACGCAAAAAUGAUGCCCUUCAUGCGAAAUAUUCAGCAAAAACAAAGAGCACCGUUGUUGGCGAUUACGAAUGGGGACAUUUACAGAUUGAUGCUAUAUCAUUAUUUCUGUUAACAUUAGCCCAACUAACAGCAUCAGGAUUACAAAUUGUUCGAAAUUUUGACGAAGUUGCUUUUGUACAAAAUUUGGUGUAUUACAUUGAAGCAGGUUAUCGAACACCGGAUUAUGGUGUUUGGGAGCGUGGUGAUAAAACUAAUCAAGGGAUACGGGAACUGAAUUCCAGCAGUGUUGGUAUGGUAAAAGCUGCAUUGCAAGCUCUCAAUGAUGUUGGCGAUUUGUUUGGAGAUGGCUCAAAAGGAUCUGUUAUUCAUGUAUUACCGGAUCAAAUCCAGCAGUGUUCAGCUUUGUUGACAUCGAUGUUACCACGUGAAUCAUUUUCCAAAGAAACUGAUUUGGCGCUUCUGAGUAUCAUUUCAUACCCGGCAUUUGCUGUGGAAGAGCAAAGUUUGAUUCAGCUUACACGUCAAACAAUCAUUAAUACACUGCUUGGUCGUUACGGUUGUCGACGUUUUCUGCGUGAUGGUUACAAAACACCACUAGAGGAUCCAUCUCGACUGCAUUACAAUAAUUCCGAAUUGCAACAAUUUGAAGAUGUAGAAUGUGAGUGGCCGUUAUCAAUUUGUUUUCUUAUGCUGGAUGCUGUGUUUUCCCGUGAUGAUGUUAUGGUUGAACAUUACUGGACAAUUAUGGAAAAUGUUUGA